GAAUGUUUUUCGAAAGAUAAGAGACCACAAAAGCUUCGCUCUGAAAGAGACCCAACCCAAUGGCUUCGCCUCCGCCUUCAUCUUCCAUUGCUAAAGGCGGCGAUGGAGUAAUCACCACCCUUCAUCCAGAUAUAAUCCGAGCUCUCAUCCUCACGCGGCUGGAUGGUCCCGACCUGGCUUCCACCGCCUGUGUUUCCUCUUAUUUACGUUCCCUAUCUACAGAAGAAAAUCUCUGGCGUGACAUUUGUUGUUCCACGUGGCCUUCUCUCGAUCACCCACGUCUGAAACAAGUCAUCUCCACGUUCCCUUACGGUCACCGCUCCUUCUUCUCCGAAUCAUUUCCGUUUCCUAAUCCCCAACCACCGAAGCCUAACGUCAGGGGCUCUUUGGCUCUGGCAACAGAAUUGAUCUCAGCCGUUGAUAUUUACUAUCAUGGAAACCCCAUUUAUUCGAAAGUCGUAGAAAUGGAGACGUCCAGCAGCUGGUUCUUGUCUACACCCUUUCGGCUGAAUUUGCUCGGCGUGGACAAUCCGGCUCCAAGGUCACCGAUAAAAUACGGUAGUUCUAACGAUGACACGUGGCUGAAACAUUUGGAGGAGAACUUGAGUUCGAGUUGGAUCAUUGUGGACCCGACCCGGGAAAAAGCGGUUAAUAUGUCUAGUAAGAGAGCGGUUUCGGUGGAACGACACUGGCUGACAGGUGAUGUACAGGUGCGAUAUGGGAGGGUGAUGGAGGGAGAUGAAGGGUGGGGAUCGUCGAGAGAGUUGGUGGCGUGUGGGGUAGUGGUCACGUGCGGGGAAAAAGGAGGAGAAGGAGAGAAGAUGCACGUGAGGGAAGUGAGUAUGAGGAUGGAGGAUAUGGAUGGGAAAGGAUUGAGUGGGGAGGAGAGUUUGGUAAUUUUGGAAAGGGUUAUGGGGAGCGGCAGAAGUUGGAAGGGAAAGGGAAAGGGAGAGAAAGAGAAGUACGAAGAGUUCAUGGCAAAGAAAAGGGAGAGGAAAGAAAGGAACUCGAAAAAGGAUAGAGUUUGGGACUUAAUUUGCAUCUUCUCGAUUUUCGCCGCCUGUGGAGCGUUUUGGUGGUUCAUUUUGCCCAUUUUACCCUCACUCGUAAUGAAAUUUGUGUAAGGGCCAAAUGGACAUGGGCGGUAAUUCCAUCAUUUUAUUUUGAUUUAAUUUGUAAGUAUCAUAUAAAUAAGUAAUAAAAAUAUUUGGAGUCUGAUUAAAUAGAUAAUUAUUGUUAUGAGUAAGCGGCUCAAAUAACCUUAAUAAGCUAAUCCAGUAGGAGAGUACUGUUACAUUGUUCUUUGUGAAGAGCAAAAUAACAAACAGUUUCAGGAGGGGCCAUUUCGAGAAUGCGGGUCUGGAAAUUACCAUCGAGUCCCAUUUUGGCAAAGACAUCGGCUGUAUUGCUGCUUCCCCUAUUAAUGUCGAAUAAAUUGCUUUUAUUUGAA